GUAUUAGUGUGUAGUUUUAUGUAGAAUUAGUUUUUAGUGUAUAUUCAGUUGGAUUAUUGUGAUAUUUCCGUAUAAACUGAGGAUGACGGAGACCCCUGUCCCCAGAGUAGAUUCCAGAGGAAGACGAUGUGUGGCUGGAGGCUGCAGCAACACAAAGAUGGAGGGAAUCAGCCUGCAUUAUUUUCCCUUUGACAGACCUGCCAUUUUGCGUAGAUGGACGCAGUUUGUGCAACAGUACCGGAAGAAUUGGAAGGGCCCCUCGAAGACGUCCACGUUGUGCUCUGUUCACUUCGCUGAGGAUGCCUACCCUGCAAAGUACAGGAUUUUGGAAUCCAUGGGGGUGAAGGUGAACAGAAGAGACCUCAACAAGGAUGCUAUUCCUACACUUCAGACAAAGGUAGACCCAUCUACAACACCGGCAUUGGCAUUGGGGAAACGGCAGGCCCCUCCCACGACCCCUCUAACUAGCACCCCGAAGAAGCCUAGGAGGGCUUAUCUCAAAAGAGAAUCAGAAAGAAUAUUAUUGGAGUUUGAGCAUGCUAAGAGAGAGUCCGAUACCCAAACUGAAGUUGACUGUCAUAAUCUCCAAGGGGAUGAUUGCACUACGCAGCAGGGGUCUGAUGACACACCAGCCGUUGAAGUGGACGAGGAGAGAUGUACCAAUGUCGUAGAGAUGAUUGUGAAAGAGACGAGAACUGUGGGGUCCCAACUCUCUUUGCCCAAGCCUCAUAGAAAGUCCCACUACACACAGACCAAGUGGAAAACCAGUGACAAAGUGGUGCAGGCAGGUAAUCCUGUGAAGACCAGGGAUGUUGGAAUUGCUUGUGAACUUCUGCCAGCUCCUCCCCUUAGACGCUUAGGAGAACCAGAGGCACCUGUACUACAUGAAGAGUGUGCUGACAUAACAUUUUCUUCUAUUGGCACAAAUGAUGAUCUAGAUGAGGAGGAUGAAUCAGUUCAUGACUCAUUCAGUAGUAUUGACUCUGAAGACUUGCUGGAAGGCGACAGGGGGGAUAGAAGAGGAAUGAAGUUUAUUGUGUACCAUGCCCAACUCAUGGAUCUGUUUGCUGCCUGCCCAAAAUGUGCCAGCCCAUCUUUGGCAGACAUUGUGCACUCGAAGGGAACCUUCAUUUCCAUUCGACAAGAGUGUGGAUGCUGUAGGUUUAGCAGGAUUUGGUCGAGUCAGCCCCUCAUUGGUUCCAUCCCUGCAGGCAAUUUCGAACUGUCUUGUGCCAUCCUGUUUUCCGGAUCCUUGCCUACAAAGUCCAUCCGGAUGAUGCAAUUUAUGGAUCUGGCUACCAUCUCAGUGAGGACUUUCAACAACCACCAACAGCAUUACCUUCAUCCAACCGUUCUCAGUGUUUGGAAGAACUACCAGAGGGAGUACAUACACCAAGUUCAGGACUCUGGCCAGCCAGUUCGUUUGGGUGGAGAUGGGAGGGCAGACACGCCAGGUCACUGUGCCAAGUUUGGCAGCUACACAGCCAUGGAUUUGGACAGAAACAUGGUUAUUGAUGUCCAACUUGUACAGAGCAAUGAGGUCAGGGGCAGCUGCCAUAUGGAGAAGGAAGGGCUAAUAAGAGCUGUCCAAUUCCUGCAUCAGAACAAUAUUGAAGUCGGCCAGCUCAUCACAGACAGACAUCUCCAAGUGGCAAAAUGGGUUCGAGAGAAUAUGCCAGACACUACACACUACGUCGAUGUUUGGCAUGUUGCAAAAGGUCUGAAGAAAAAGCUGACAGCCCUUAGCAAGGAAAAAGACUGUGAAAGAUUGAUGGAGUGGAUAAAAAGCAUUGUAAACCACCUGUACUGGGUCCCUACUUCUACACCAGAUGGCAGCAACGAGUUGAGGUGGGAGAAAUGGAUCAGUGUAUUCAACCAUAUUCAGAACAUCCACGAGGGACAUGGUGAUCUCUUUGAGAGAUGCGAGCAUGACGAAUUAGAUGAAGCUGCACGACAGAAAAGAUGGUUGAGACCUGGUACAAAGGUAGUGGAAAAGCUGGAGGCCAUCAUCACCUCAAGGCAGAUGAAGAAAGAUAUUCCAAUGCUUUCACCUGAUCUUCAGACAUCCAGUCUAGAAGCCUACCAUUCGGUGAUUAACCAUUAUGCCCCAAAGAUGAACAAGUUUUCCUAUCAUGGGAUGCAGAGUCGAUUGCUCCUGGCAGCCAUGCAUUUUAAUGAAAAUGGACAGAAUAUGCAGGCUGCUACAAAGGAUGGUAAACCUAGGUACAGCAUCACCUUUCCCAAACAAAAGAAGGGCGACUUCACCGUGAAGAAAAUCAAAACAAAUAACACUUAUGGAUAUGUUGAAUCACUGAUGGUUGAGGCUACCUCCCGAGUCAGGAACAACCCAAUGCCACGUUGUGAGCUUGACGAAAUGCCAAAUGAUCCACCUCCCUUGUGUGCUCAUUUUGUCCAUCCAGAGAAAGACGAUGCCACCAAUCAUCACAUCACCCGGUUCCGGCGAAACUAAAACCUCUAUAGUGCCCAUCUUCCUCUGGAUAAGUGGUGCGGAUCUUAUGGACUGCACAUGCUGGGAGAGGUACCCUCACUUCCUUUCCGAGCCAUCCCCAGCACCACCUAACCAGCUGCCUGUAUCCGAUAUAUCUCAUACGCCUACAAAAUAAAGAUAACUUGUACUUGUUAACAUGGAUACUUGUUAU